ACACCGGAACAACCCGGAAGAAGAAACUAGGGCAAAAUGUGAUAACACCGCGAGACAGAGGUCAGAAUUUCUCUCUCACAACCAUCUUGGAUAUAGAAUCCUGACUCGACACAAGCAUGCCUGGCGAAGCCACAGAGACGGUCCCAGUCACUGAGCAGGAGAUGCAACAGCCGCAAGUUGAGACUGCUGCACCCUCUGCCCCUGGAAGUCUGGCUACCUCCCAGAAACCUCAGACUGCUUCUGGCCCUGCCAAGCCCAAAGGCAAAGAGGCCAAGGGUGGCUCUGCCCCAAAGGCUGUCCCUGGCAGAAGAAAACGCUCCUCUAUGUCUGCCUCCUCUGCUUCUCCUACCUCCUCCACACCCCAUUCCCCCCUAGCUACCUCGCCUGGGGCUGCUGGAACUCCGAGCCAGGGCAGUCGUGCCGCCCCCAAGGUUGUGAAGGUUGGCAAACAAAGAAAGGCUAAGAAAGAGUAUUUCAAGCCUACUGCUGACCUGCCAGCCCCAGCAGGGGCCAAACCUCUUCCUAUGGAGCCUAAAGCUGCUCCUGCACCAGUAGUGGCCACGCCAGUAACUGUUGCUCCAGAGCCUGCCUCUCCCAAGCCUGUGGCGUCCCCUGUGUCCUUCAAAGUGACCUCAAAGCCUGCUGCACCAGCCCCCGUGUCAUUUGCUAACGCUAUUGCCUCUAGCCCCCCUAGAGCUGCCUCUGAAAUGCCCAUAGCCAAGCCAGAGCGUCUGCUCAAGGCUGAGGUGAAAGAGGUCAAUGCAGCACCUGCCCUGGAGGAUGACGAUGACCUUCCCCCUCUCAUUCCACCAGAGGAGCCAGUAAAUAUGCCAGUCUUCUCACCCCCUACAGUAGUAGGGACUCCUAAGCCUGCCCCAGUUGCUUCUCCAGCUCCUUUUGAGCCCGUUGUAGCGGCGUCGGCUCCUGUUAAGGCUGUUGUGGCUACACCUGUUCCCCUAAAGCCGCCUCCAGUUGUUGCUACAACAGCUCCCCCUAAGCCUGCUCCAGUUGUAGCUGUACCAGCUCCCCCUAAGCCUCCUCCAGUUGUAGCUGCACCAGCUCCCUCUAAGCCAGUUCCAGUUAAGCCCAUUGUUGCUACACCAGCUCCCCCUAAGCUUGCUCCAAUUGUACCUUUGCCGGCUCCUGUUAAGCCUGUUGUGGCUACAACCGCGCCCCCUAAGCCAGUUCCAGUUAAGCCUGUUGUGGCUACAACCGCGCCCCCUAAGGCAGUUCCAGUUAAGCCCGUUGUGGCUACAACCGCGCCCCCUAAGCCAGUUCCAGUUAAGCCCGUUGUGGCUACAACCGCGCCCCCUAAGUCUGCUCCAAUUGUAGCUGUGCCGGCUCCUGUUAAGCCCGUUGUGGCUACACCAGCUCCCCCUAAGCCUGCUCCAGUUGUAGCUGCACUAGCUUCCGACAAGGCCUCUCCGGUUGUAGCUUCGCCAGCUCCCGUUGAGCCAGUUAUAGCUGCACCAGCUUCCGUCAAGACCGUUCCCGUUGUAGCUGCACCAACUCCUAUUGAGGCCUCUCCGGUUGUAGCUGCUCCCGUUGAGCCCAUUGUACCAGCACCCGCUAAGCCAGCUCUUGUUGAGCCCGUUGUAGCUGCACCAGCUUCCGUCAAGGCCGCUCCCGUUGUAGCUGCCCCGGCUCCCGUUGAGCCAGUUGUAGCUGGACCAGCUCCCCUUAAGCCUGCUUCCUAUGCAGCCGUGGUAGCUGCACCAGCUCCUCUUAAGCCUGUUCCCAUCGAGCCUGUUGUAGCUUCCCCAGCUCCCCCUAAGCCUGUUGAAGUAGCCGUUGUACCAGCACCUGUUUCAAACCCUGCCCCCACCCCUGCUAAACCCCCUACCAAACCGGAGCCUGUGAUCAAGAAUGACAAGGGGUCUGGCACUGAAUCGGACAGUGAUGAGUCUGUACCAGAUCUGGAGGAACACGACUCUGCACAGACACAGCAAGCGCAGCUUGCAGCUGCUGCAGAAAUAGAUGAAGAACCCGUUAGCAAAGCCAAACAGAGCCGUAGUGAAAAGAAGGCACGAAAGGCAAUGUCUAAGCUGGGUCUCAGGCAGGUGACGGGGGUCACCAGGGUUACCAUUCGCAAGUCUAAAAAUAUCCUUUUCGUUAUCACCAAACCAGACGUCUACAAGAGCCCUGCAUCAGACACUUACAUUGUCUUUGGUGAGGCUAAGAUCGAGGAUCUUUCACAACAAGCCCAGCUUGCCGCGGCAGAGAAGUUCAAGGUACAGGGAGAAGCCGUGUCGAACGUCCAGGAAAACACACAGACUCCCACUGUACAAGAGGAGAGCGAAGAGGAGGAGGUUGACGAGACCGGGGUUGAGGUGAAGGACAUUGAACUCGUGAUGUCACAAGCCAACGUGUCGCGAGCGAAGGCUGUACGCGCCCUUAAAAACAACAACAAUGAUAUUGUCAAUGCUAUUAUGGAAUUGACGAUGUAGGCUGCUGGUCGAAGGGGGUUCUGAAAGUUUGCUGGUUUAAUCUACUAUUGUUUGUACAAUUUAUACCUGAGAUGGAAAUAAAGUUGUGGCUUGGUGAAUUGAA